AUGUCUUCACCCCUACUUUUCCCAGUGGCCUUACCCACCUCUCCCUCCUCCGUGUCCUCAACCCCCUCCUUCUCCUUCCUCCCCAGUGGUCCUCACCCCUCCUAUCCCUCCCACAUGGUCCUCACCCCUCCUCUCCUUCUCCCAGGGUCAUCACCAGGUCCUAACCCCUCUCGCCCUGUUGGUCCUCACCCCUCCUCUCCCUCCCACAGUGGACCUCACCCCUCCUACCCUUCUCCCAGUGGUUCCUCAAAACCCCCUCACACUCCUGUUGGGGUCCUCACCCCUCUCUUCCCCCUCCCCUCUCUCCCCCAGGUCCUCAACCCAUACCUGCGUUCUCGACAGUGA